AUGUCAACAAAUUCCAUAAAAUCAACAAGAUGUUUAUCUUCAUCUACGAUAACUCUAUUCAAUUUUACUGAUUCAACUUCCUCAGUUAAUGAUUGGAUAGAAAUAUCGGAUACUGAACGUGAUGUUGGAAAAUCGAAAGGCGUACUUGUUGAACAAAAAACACAAAAAUUUCAACGUGCUAUUUUUUUUUCAUUACUUAAUCCACAACCAAAUGGUGCUGCAUUUGCUGGUGUUGCUUAUCGUAAAAAAUCUUUUGAUUUAAGUUCAUUUACGGGUCUUCAAUUAUCUGUACGAGCACAAGGUGAAAAUUUUAUCUAUAAAGUUAUUUUAAGACAUCAUAAUGAAGAAUCAUCUUUACAACCAUCAUAUGAAAUCUUUUUUGAAUUGCCUAAAAAUGAACCAACUGAACAAUAUUUAUCAUUUAAUGAUUUUAAACCAUAUAGUCGUGGUAAACCAUUAGAUCCAAAUACAACACCACCAUUAGAUCGAACAAAUAUAACAAGUAUUGGUUUACAAAUUGUUGGUGGUGUUUAUUCGCCUAUUAAACAACACGGUACAUCUAGUUUAGAAAUUGAUUCAAUUAGUGCAGUUACAUGUGAAUGA